GCGCAUCGUCAUCAGCACCACCACCACCGCCACCACCGCCAUCCCGUGCCCUCUCUCGCACCGGCAAGGGUCACCACCAACAACAAGAAGUAGAAGAAGCGCGCUCACUCCCCUCCCCGGCGGCCUCUCUCUUUUGCGCGCGUCAAGUUGCUUUGAACUCCACCUCGCUCGCAGCUUUACCCACGGCGCACUUGGAACGGAUUGACCCCCCCCCCCCCCGGUCUGGCCCGCUUUGGCAUUUUGUUUGUUUGUCGGUGUUGUUCAGUGUCUUCGCGCGGGUUACGCUCUCUUGCGAUCGAUUUAAAUUAAUCAACAACAACAACGACACAAAUAGUUGGCGUCUCGAUGAAUGAAUGGACGGUGGCGGUCACAAGAGGCUCGUUUGAGGAGUUCCACAGCGAACCUCGUCGCCUCUCGCUCGCCACGCCGAUGGGGAGCCGCUCGCCGCUCACCUGGCUCGCCGCUCUGCUGCUGAUGCCGCUGCUGCUGGUGUGCCGCUGCGCGUGCCAGACGGGCGGAGGCGAUGGGCGGGCGGCCGUGUCCCUGGCGCGGUUCGAGCGGCGGGCGUUCGUCUUCACGGUGCCCGAGGACUCGGCCCCAGGCAGCACUGUGGGCACUGUGUCAGCCGCGUCGCCAGAGCCGGGGCUUCUCGCGGAUUUCUCGCUCGCGGAUGACGACGACGCGGGGGGGGACACGUUCCUCGUGGACCGGCGCAGCGGCGCCAUCCGCCUGCUCCGCUCGCUCGACCGCGAGGCUCGCCCCUUUUACGCGCUCACGCUCAGCGUCACCGCCGUUCCCGCCGGGGACUCGCGGAACCCCCCGAGCGGCGGCGGCGAUGGCGGCGAAUCGGGGGUCGCUUCCGGGAGCUCGGCACCGCUGGGGAAUCCGCCCGACGCUUCUGCCGGCGACGGAGACACCCCCCGAGUCGUCGGCAACGCUGGGAAUUCCGACGGCAGCGGGACGCUCGCGCGGGUCUACGUCAGCGUGCUCGACGUCAACGAUAACGCGCCGGCGUUCGCGAGCUCGCGGCUGGAGGUGGAAGUGUGCGAGGACGUGGCGCUGGGAGCCGCCGUCGUCAGCCUCAACGCCAGCGACCCAGACGAAGGGGAAAACGCGGCGCUGGAUUUCGAGAUCACGUCGGGCGACCCCGAGCGCCGUUUCUCCGUGGACGCCCGCGGGGUCCUCCGUGUGGCCCGGCCGCUGGACCGCGAGUCGCGGCCCUCCCACGAUCUCCUCGUGACGGCCGCGGACCGAGCGGCCCCCCCAGCCCCCCGUUUCACCGCCACGGCCGCCGUCCUCGUCCGGGUCCUCGACGCCAACGACAACGGGCCGGCCAUCGUGGCCCUGCGGGUGUCCGGCCGCGGAUUGGUCCCACGGGAGGAGCCGGCGGAAGGCGGGGCCUGGCCGGCCUUCACGCUGACCGUGCCGGAGGACGUGGCCCCUGGGUCCACGGUGGCCACCGUCGUCGCAUUGGACCCAGACGAAGGAGAGAAUGCGGAGGUGGAGUUCUCCCUGUCGUGGUCGCGGCCGGAGGUGAGGGAUCACGACCGCCGCCGCCGUUCACGAUCGGCAGCUCGCGACGGCGUCAUCCGCACGUCGGCUGACCUCGACCGGGAGUCGAACCUGACGUCGGCGGCGUCCUCGGGGCGCUACGAGCUGAUGGUGCUCGCGAGCGACCGGGCGGGCACGCAGGCGGCGGCGACGCCGCAGCCGCCACCGGUAGGACGCCCGUGUCGGCGCCGUCGUGGCGCACCUGUCGGCCGCGGACUGCGGACGCGGGUCCUCAACGGACGGGUCCGAUACCGGAUCGUGCCGCGUCGACAGCGACACGAGCUCUGUGCGCGCGACGACUGCGCCGGGACCGGAGCGGAGGGCUCACGCCGCGGGGACACGGAAGAGAACGACGACGACGAAGAGGAGGAGCGGGACGACGACGCCGCGUUCCGUAUCGACCCGGUGACGGGAGAGCUGCGAGUCGCUCGCGGCCUGGACCGCGAGCGCAGGGACGCGUACCGCCUCGUCGUGGAGGCGCGCGACGGGGGCUCGCCGGCGCCGCUCGCUUCCGCCGUCGCCGUGGCGGUCUCCGUCACUGACGUCAACGACCGCGUCCCGUCGUUCGGGAGCGACGGCGUCGUGGCCGGGGUCCCGGAGGGCCUUGGCGGCCCCCCCCCCCCCCGUCUACAGCUGUCGGCGCGCGACGACGACCUGGGCCCGGCGGGCGUGGUGUCGUACGCCGUGGUAGGGGGAGACUACGAGCGCGACGCAUUCUCACUGUCGGCCUCGGGGAGGCUCGACCUGCUGCGCCCGCUCGAUCGCGAGGCACGGCCCCGCCACCUGCUGCUCGUCACGGCCACCGACGCCGGCUCCCCGCCUCUCACCGGCACCGCCACGCUCACUGUGCUCGUGGGCGAUGCCAACGACAAUGCUCCGCGCUUCCCGGGCCGCGACGUGCGCCUGCAGGUGGAGGAGGGUGCCGCGGCCGGCACCGUGCUGUGGACGGCGCGAGCGGAGGACCCGGACGAGGGCCCUAACGGCACCGUCACGUACCGCCUGGAAGGGGGUGAGGGGGCCCUCGAGAUCGAUGCCGCGACGGGCGAGCUGCGGACGCUCGCGCCACUCGACCGCGAGUCGCGCGACGGCUACCCGCUGCUCGUGUGGGCCACGGACGGGGGUGCCCGCACCGGCGGCGCCCUCUCCACGUCCGUCUCCGUGCUCGUCACCGUCACGGACGUCAACGACAAUGGGCCGGCGUUCCUCAACGCGCCGUACGUGGCGAGCGUCCCCACGCCAACGCCGAGCGGCGCCCUCAUCUUCGUCCCCACCGCCGUCGACGCCGACUAUGGCGCCAACGCGUCCCUGCGCUUCUCGCUGUCGGGCGACGAUGCUCACCUCCUGGCGCUCGAUCCCUCGCUGGGCUCGCUGAGCGCCGCCGCACCGCUCCGCGGCCCCGCCGACUUCACCGUGCACCUCGCGGCCACCGAGCUCGCCCCUCCGCACCGCAGCGCCGCCACCACCAUCACGGUCCGCUUCCGGGACGCGGCCUCGUUCCCGCGUCCCCGCGUGCGCCUUCGGUCGCCGCCGCCCAUCGCGCUGCCGGAAGACGCGCCGGCGGGGACGACCGUGGCCGGGGUGGAGGCCGAGACAUCCCGGCCCGGCGCGGCCCCCGUGUGGUUCUACGCGGCGGGCGGAGGGGACGGCCCGUUCGAGGUGGAGCGGGCGAGCGGGGCCGUGUCGCUGGCUAGGCCGCUGGACUUCGAGGAGCGGGCGAGCGUGGCCGUGUUCGUGGAGUGCCGCGACGCGGGCUUCCCGCCGUUCUCCAGCUACGUGAGGGUGGACGUGGCCGUCACGGACGUCAACGACAACGUGCCGCGCUUCGAGCGCGACCCCGUCACGUGCCAGGUCCCGGAGAACUCUCCCGCGGGCCCCAUCCCGGGCUGUGUCCUGCAAGCGUCCGACGCUGACGCCGGCCCCGGCGGCGCCGUGCGCUACUCGCUCACGCCGCCCCCGGGCGGCCUCCCGGCCUUCGCCGUCGACCCCGCCAGCGGGCAGCUCAGCACCCUGCACCCACUGGACCGCGAGACGGGCGCCACGCACGAGCUGCUGGCGCUGGCGGAGGACGGCGACGGCGUCACCGCCGCCGCCGUCAUCGCGGUGACGGUGCUCGAUGCGGACGACAACCCCCCGCGCUUCCCGCGCAUCUUCACCGGCGCGGUGCCGGAGGACGCCGCCCCGGGGACGGUCGUGCUGCGCACAUGGGCCGAGGACGAGGACGAGGGUGACAAUGCCGCCAUGUCCUACUCCCUGGUGCCGACGGCGACGCCGGCGCCGUUCUCCGUCGAGCCGGAAACCGGCGUGGUGCGGGUGGCCGCGCCGCUCGACCGGGAGGCUGCGGGGGGCAGGCGGCACGCGCUGCGCCUGCUGGCGCGCGGCGCCGCGUUCGCGGUCAACACGGACGUGGUGGUGGUCGUGACGGACGUCAACGACAAUGCGCCGGCGUUCGUCGGGGUGCCGUCAUCACCGCUGGCAGUGCCCGAGUGCCUGCUGGAGGGUGGCUGCCUGGUGGCGCGCGUGGCCGCGGCGGACCCCGACGAUGGGGAGAACGGGGAGGUGUUUUACUCGCUCGGCGGCGACAACGACAUCCUGGAGGAAUUCUGCGUCGAUGCCUCCACGGGCGAGAUCUCGACGCGCGGCCGCCUCCUCCUGCCGCGACCCCCGACCUCGGCCCUCCUCGGCCACCGUGUCCUCCUGACGCUCGUGGCCUCGGACCGCGGCCGCCCCGAGCCGCUCACCUCCGAGACGACGCUCGCCGUGGACCUCGUCUACGCCAACGAGCACCCGCCCGUCUUCUCGGCACCGCUCUACGUCACCACCGUGGCGACCUCAGCACCCGUCGGCUCCCGCGUGCUCCGCGUCUCAGCUUCUGACGACCGCGACCUCGGCCCCGCCGCCGAAGUCGUUUUCUCCAUCGUCGACGGAAAUGGCAGCGCCGGGCCUACGCUGUUCACGGUGGACCCUGCCGGCGGGUGGCUGACGCUCCGCUCUGCGUUGCGCGGUCGCGCUGGCACCACCCUCUCGCUCGCCGUGCGGGCGCAGGACCGCGGCCUGCCGCGGCCGCUCUCCGCUGAGGCAGCGGUGCUCAUGAGGGUCGUCGAGGAUGGCUGGGCAGCCCGGGGGCCGGCGUUCGCGAGAGCCGAGUUCGUUGCCACCGUGCCCGAGUGCACACCGCUCGGCUCCGCGGUGCUGCUCGCGGUGGCGGAGGCGGCGGAGGACGCGGCCGGGCCGCCGCUGGUCUACUCGCUGUUGGGCGCCGGCGCGGCGCCCUUCUCGGUGGAUGCCGGCGUCGUGCGCCUGGCCGCGCCGCUCGACUUCGAGAUGACCCGCUCCUAUCGGUACGUCGUGUCGGCGCGCGACGGCUGGGGGAGCGCCGCCGCCACGGCCGCAGUUACCGUGACCGUCGCCGACUGCAACGACAACACGCCGGCAUUCGAACGUGCUGAGUACCGCGCCGAGCUGAGCGAGGCCGCGCCGGCGGGGACGUUCGUGGCAGAGGUGCACGCACGCGACGCCGACGGCGAUGGUGACGGCACCCCGCGCUACUCGCUGGCCGACCCCGCGCUGCCGUUCGCCGUCGACGCGGACACCGGCGUCGUCGUCACGGCGGGGCGGCUCGACUACGAGGCGCGGCCUCGCUACCGCUUCGCGGUGAUCGCUGCGGAUGGGCUGCCCGGUGCAGCGGCGCGGCUGAGCGGCACGGCGCUGGUGCGCGUCGAGUUGCUCGACGAGAAUGAGUUCCCGCCGAGGUUUUCCACCGCCGGCUUCGUGCACCGCGUCUCCGAGACGGCCGCACCGGGCACUCACGUCGGCGCCGUCUCAGCCACCGACCGUGACGCCGGGCGCGCCGGGCGGGUGGAGUUCCACCUCGUGGGCGCCGAGUCGGCGGCGCGGAGGCACGGCCUGGGGUUGGACUCGCUCUCGGGCGAGGUGGUCGUGGUGGGGAGGCUCGCGUCCGGCUCGGCACCCUCUUCCGCCGUCCCAGACUCCCCACUGGACACCGUGGCUCGCGUGACUCUGACCGUGGUCGCCAAAAACCCCGGCGCCGUGACGAGCGCCGAGCGGCUGGACGAGGCGACGGUGACGGUGAUCAUUACGGAUGCCAACGAGGCGCCCCGCUUCUCGCGCGAUGUCUACCGGGCGCGAGUGCGCGAGGACGCCCCCCCGGGGACGCCCGUGAUCGCCGUGAUGGCUCACGAUCCCGACCGCGUCCCGCAAUUCGCUCGCUUCUCCUUCCGGCUCGGCGACGAUCCGGCGCCGGCGGCGGUGCCGGCGUCGCGCCCGGCGUUCGCCAUCGACGCGGCCUCGGGCCUCGUGACGUCGGCGUCGCCGCUCGACCGGGAGACGCGGGACGCCUACGCGCUGCUCGUCCUCGCCGUGGACGAGGGGAGCCCCGCGGCCACGGGCACGGCGCUCCUGCGGGUCGACGUCGACGACGCCAACGACAACGCGCCCGCGCUGACGUCCGUCCGGUGGCGCGUCGACGAGGGCCGUCCGCCCGGCACGCCCGUGGCCCGGCUGAGCGGCCGCGACGCCGACGCCGAGGAGAACGGGCCGCCUUUUUCCUACCGCCUGGCGCGGCCGUCGCGGUUCUUCACCCUGAGCGGCGACGGGGUGUUGCGCACGACCGCCAAGCUGGACCGCGAGGAGACGGGGGAGGUGGCGCUCGCGGUGGCGGUGUCCGACUCGGGGACGCCCCGGCUCACGUCGGUGGUGGAGAUCACGGUGGAGGUGGGCGACGUGAACGACAACGCGCCUUCACCGCGCCGCCUCGACAUCCUCGUCAGCUUCUUUGGUACGACCUUCCCCGGUGGUUUCCUCGGAGACGUGCGGCCGAUCGACCUUGACUCGGAUGACGAAUUCACGUGCCGGAUCGUGGGGACCGCAGAGGGCACCGAUCCAUCGUCGGCGCCGCCGCCGUGGCCAUCCACGUCCUUGGUUCAGUCGCCGCCGUCGUCCGCAUCGUCGCAAUCGCGGUCACCAUCUCAUUUGUCGCCGUCGUCAUCCGGAGCUUUCAGCAUCACGCCAGGUACGUGCGACCUGCUGUCUGAGCCGCUCGACUGCCACGGCACGCCGGCGAUGGUCGUGCUGUGGGUGGAGGCGAGCGACGGCCUCCACGCGCCCGUGCUGAACGCCGCGCGCCUGCGCUUUGCGCCCUACGACGGCGCCUCCCUCGCUGGCGCCGCGCUCCUCUCGCUCGGCUGCACGGAGCUCGGCCGCUUUCUCGACACCGGCCUCGCACCGCUCCUUGCCUCCGCCUCGGCGCUGCUGAGUUCCGUCGGAGCGGACCUGCGCAUGCUCCACGCGUUUCGCCACGGGAACGCCUCCUACGCCUGGGCGGCGCUCGCCAGAACCGACGGCGGCGACGGCAGCGACGGACGCGGCUUUUGCGCCCGCGACGCUCGGAGGUUCCUGCAGGCCUUGUCGGCCCGGGACCCAAAGCCGGACCCAAACGCCAGGCUCGGGGGCUCGUUCGAGGUGGUGGCCGACGCGUGCCGCCUGUCGGACUGCGUGGCGCCGGCGCGCUGCACGAGCCGGGGUCCGGCCGUGGGCCCCGGCCUCCUCGCCGUCGCCGAGAGCGAGACGUUCGUCCUAGUGUCGGACGGCGCCGCCGGCCCUCCGUGGACGUGCGAGUGCCCGCCGGGGGCCGCCGCGGCUCCCGAGUGCGACGGGGAGACGCGGGGGGCGGGCGCGGGCGCCGCGACACUGACAACGGGGGCGCCCGUGGAGAAUGGGGCGGCUGCGGAGGGGGCGGCCGCAGACGGAGCGGCCGUAGGGGAGACGGUUGUGGAGGAGGAGGGGAGCGGAGCGACCUGCGAGGAGCAGGGGUUCGGCUUCCAGGGCUCCUCAUUCAUGGAAUUCCCGGCGCGGAUUCUGGACCCGGAGAGGAAUGAGAUUCGGCUGGAGGUGGCAACGACGCGGACAAGUGCACAGCUGCUCCUGCUCGCCCGCGACGACGGAGGACGUUGGUGUCUGUCCAUGUGGCUCAUGGGAGGUCGCGCUUCCGUCUCGCUUGACCUCGGUGGAGAGGUCAUCACCGUGGAGGCAGGGCAAGGCCUAAGCGACGGAAACUACCACACCAUUGCUGCCCUGCGUCGUGGAAAGACCCUGAGUGUGCACGUAGAUGACUGUGAACAUUCAGGCGAGGUGCAGGAUGUGGACCACUGCCAGGCCGCAGGGACCAUCGCGGGCAACUCCAGCAUCAUCUGGCCGCUUAGCAAUGGCUCAGUGAGCGUUGGGGGGGUGGACUCCACGGCGACGCUGCCCGGGGCCCUCGGCAAGCGCCAGGGGCGUCCGCGGGGCCUGGACGGGUGCCUGCGCGGAGUCAGCGUGGACGCGCUGCCUCUUGCACCGUGGGGGGCUCGCAGAACCACGGCCGUCGCUGACACGUGUCCGCUUGCGGGCCGUGACCUCCUCCCUGCGGAGAGCGGUCCCGGAGAUGGCGGCCCGGCGCCGUGGCUGCUGGCGACCGUCACCGCCGUGCCGCUGCUCUCUGCUCUCCUGGCGGCUGCAGCGGUGGGUGCGGCGCUGGCGCUGCUUGCCCGGCGCCGCCGCCAUCCCAAGGCUCCGGGCUCCGCAGCGGUGGCGUCGGCGGCCGGCCCGGCAGAGUCGGCGGCGGAACGCCUGGCGUGCGAAAAGCCGGCGCCGAAGGGCGGCAGCGUGAACGAGGCGUUCGUGCAUGACGGCGGGACGGUGCGCCUGAGCCGGCCCGACAUCAUCGUGGAGCAGACCGAGAGCCGGCCUUACGCCAUCGUCGACGAGCGGGCCCUACGCCCUGCCGCUCCCCGGCAGCUUCAGCACGGGAGAAUGUUCGCCGUGGGGCGGCAGCUGGAUGAGGAGGACGAUGAGGAUGAGGAGGAUGGGACGGUGAGAAGGGGCGGCCACCACGUCCGGCCCGAGCACUACGACCUGGAGAACGCGAGCAGCAUCGCCGCGUCCGACGCGGACGUGGAGAUGCACUACCGGACGCUGCGUGCGCGUGGGGCAGACACCACGAUGGGCCGUCGUCCACAACAUCGUCAUCCACCUCUGCAUCAUCAUCAUCAUCAGCAGCAGCAGCAGCUGGAUAAAGAAGAGCUUUAUCACAGGCACUGUCUUUAUUGCUCUCAGGAUUGCCUCAGUCAGAAACCCGACACCUGUCACUCUAUCUGUCAGUGUCACCAUCGCCCUCUUCAUCCUCCUCUUCCCCAUCUCGAGAAGCAGUGCACUGACGACAGUCUGCAUCGUCGACGGACGAACCACAACCUCGUCGGCCAGGAACCACCCCUUGCCAAGCGACCAGGUGCCACUUCGUCCCAGAGCCACGCUGGUGACACCUCUUCCUCCUCCUCUCUCUGCCGCUGCAACCGUGACUCGUGGCCACGGUCGCCCAUAAACGGCGCGUCACUCCUUUCGGACCGCUUGGACGUCCUCGCCGGUUUGGCCAGCGCGGGGGAUCUGUCGCGACACAGGGCGGCCGGCCGCCAGCUGGCGACACCCUGCGGCGGGGUCGCCGGCGCGAGACGCUCGGAGGAGUUUCCCUUGCGGGCCACGGCGGCGACGACGACGGCGACAUUUGGCCAGCGGCGCCCCUCCCCGGAUGCCGUGGCCUCGUUCGCGCCGCCCUCGCGACUCUCCCGCGAGGAGGUGGCGCGGCUCGGCGUGCGACCCCCACCGCCACCGAGCCCGCCCGGAGAGGGGGGAGACGGCGAGGGCGGCGAGAGCCCCGGCCGCGCGCGGGAGCGGCGGCGCGUGGAAGCGGAGGAAUCGGGCUCGGAGGCGCGCACCGACAGCCCGUCCCCCGAUGGAUCCUUCACCGGAUCCGAGAUGGAGUUCGAGUUCAGGCACCGCCCGAGCGAAAGUUGAGCUCGGCUAGGCGCGUCGAUCCAUGGAUGGACGGCGCCGAAGUUCCGGGACGUGAUCCCGAGGGGGCCCCCCCUGGGCGCCCCGGCCAUCUCGCGAACGUGUCGCCGAGUAAUUGGAAAUGGAGUCAGCGGUGGCGGCCGGUGGCUCAACGAUUUUUUGGUGCCGGCGCCGGGGCCGGGUGAGAGGAUGACACUUUGCCCUGCGUGCUAUAAAGUCAUGGGCUGCGGCUCUAUUGAUGAACUUGAAUAUGACGAUAUAAUUUAUUUACGAUAUCCUGACAUCCUUAAUUUUAGGAGCAAGGCCUUGUGUGCUUUGUUUAGUAGUGAAAUGCUUCUGUGGGGAAAAAAAACUGGAAAAAGAUUCGGCCUGAAUGCGAUCAUUUUUUAAUCGCACAUCUUCAGUAAAACCAUCGCAAUUUUUUAUAACGAGCAGAAAUUUUAAAAAAAAUGUUGUAUUAAUCUAGAAGAUGACGUUAUGGGUGUUUGCCUACCUCUGCUAACAUGAGAUCACAGGUACCUUCCUGCAAAGGAUGAAUCACGUUUGUUGGACUCUGAAGCUUUUCUUUUUUGUUUGUUAAAAUUUGUAUCGAAAAGAAAUUGUCUAUCAACGUUGUCGCGUUGGUUACUUGACUAUACUUCACCGUGCUGGUCUGUACCUGUUGGUGAAGGGGAGUGGGGGGGUGGGGGGACAUCAAAGACCUGGACCACAAAUGAUAGCUCAAAGAAGUGGCUUGUUAUCGCGUGGAAAUUUAUAGCAGCCAAAUACUCUAAAUGGAUGAUGUUGAUCCUAAAUAUGGAGGGAAAAACCAGAGGACCCAGAGAAAACUCCACACACUUCAAAUACACAACAGGCAUCAGGUGUUGGGAUUGAACCCACGACCUCCUGUAUCACACGCUACUGAUGCUAGCCGAGGCUGGGAAUUAAACUCAGGUUGCCAGGUUCGUAGUGCAGUGCGCUAACAACCACUGCAUCAAUGCCCACGCCCCAAAUCAAGUGAACCGGGCACGGGAUUGAUUUCCGUUGGACUUCUGAGCCGCUGUUUCAUAAUCGUUUAAAAUGACGUUUAAAUGUGCAGUGUUUGCAAGUAUUGCUGUCUCUGCAACAACUGUGAAACGCGAUGUUUACAAUACAAGUUACUCUGCUGCA